AUGCCACGCGACGUGCGAGAUGCUAUUAGGCGUUACCGUUACUACGUCAGUAACCCGACGAGAGAGAACGACAGCAGCGCGCCGAUGCUAUUCCUCGACCAGUCGUGGGCGCUGACUUUGGCGCAGCUGCCGAGCUUGGAAAAGCCGGCGAUUGACUUUGAGACUACGCCCGACAAGCAAGAGAUGGACUCGAUUGUGGACUGGGCCGUCCGCGACUGGAUCUUCCCCAUAUUGCUAGUGUGGACGGUGACUUGGACCCCGAAGCACGAGCUGGAAGACGGCACCGAGCUCGUCUUGCGUCAGGUUGCCGUGCCGCCUUAUGUCCAUGACCUUGAGCCUGAGGAGGACGGCGAAGACGAGGUCAUGCCG